CUGAGAGAGAAAGGCUUGCAAUAGUAGAAGGAGUUGCAGCAAAAAUGUCUGCCCAGUCUUUGUCUGCAUCUCUGUGAGCAGAAACAGCACUCAGCAAUCAGAGCAGAGACUCCUGAUGCUUGGAGGACAGGGUCCUUUUUGCCCACCACAGCUCCUGCAAAUUGUGUGCAAGCUGCUGCUCCUGGAACACAUGCACAGCUGCCUGCAUGUGACGGAGGGUGUGGAUGGAAAGCUGCUACUGUACUAAGAGCUGAAAUUGACCAAAAUUAACCGUGAUUUACCAUCCAAGUCUUCUCCGGGAAGUUGUAAGCCUUCAACACUUGAGUUCUAAAAGUUACACCAGACAGAUUCUGCCACUGCAAUUGUUGUCUAGAUUCCUAACCGUGCAUUUCCAACUGUGAGUCGAAAAUACUUUUGAUGUGUGGAUUUUUUAUGAGGGUGGAUUUGAAUCUACCCUCUGCAUUGUUCAAGGGUCACCUAUAUUUUCUGAGGGUCAGCAAAUUGGACAAUGGCAGUUGAGUGGGUUUUGAAAAUGUCUGAAGUUUAGUGGGCCGCAUCUACCUUCCGCUUUUGCCCUACCAUUUACAAAAGAAUAAAUGGGAUGUUUGAGAAGACAGCUCUAUUAAAAGAAGAGUGUUGCAAAUGGCUUCAGAUUCUAUGAAUACAAAAUACCCUAGGAAUCACUUCACUAAGGGGAAAAGGCAGCAGCACCAGCAAACAAAGACUAGGUCUUCCAUCAGUGAUGGCGAUGGCGACGACUCCUUUAUAUUUGAAGCACAGGAAGCUUGGAAAGAUUUUCAUGGAUCUCUUCUUCGGUUUUAUGAAAAUGGAGAACUCUGUGAUGUCACACUAAAGGUUGGCUCAAAGUUAAUCUCUUGUCACAAACUGGUAUUGGCUUGCGUUAUUCCCUACUUCAGAGCCAUGUUUCUCUCUGAAAUGGCUGAAGCCAAGCAGACAGUGAUUGAGAUUAGAGAUUUUGAUGGCGAUGCAAUAGAAGACCUGGUAAAGUUUGUCUAUUCUUCACGGCUCACUCUGACUGUUGACAACGUCCAGCCUCUCUUAUAUGCAGCCUGCAUUCUGCAGGUGGAACUGGUGGCUAGAGCUUGCUGUGAAUACAUGAAGUUACAUUUUCAUCCCUCCAAUUGCUUGGCGGUAAGAGCCUUUGCGGAAAGUCACAAUCGAAUAGACUUGAUGGACAUGGCGGAUCAGUAUGCCUGUGAGCACUUUACUGAAGUAGUGGAGUGUGAAGACUUUGUAAGUGUGUCACCCCAGCAUCUCCAUAAGCUUUUGUCCUCCAGUGAUCUAAAUAUUGAGAAUGAAAAACAGGUCUAUAAUGCAGCCAUCAAGUGGCUUCUUGCCAAUCCUCAGCAUCAUUCCAAAUGGUUGGAUGAAACGCUUGCACAGGUUCGUUUGCCGCUGUUGCCGGUGGAUUUCCUUAUGGGUGUUGUGGCAAAAGAACAGAUUGUCAAGCAAAAUCUAAAAUGUAGAGAUUUAUUGGAUGAAGCAAGAAAUUACCACCUUCACUUGAGUAGCAGAGCAGUACCUGACUUUGAAUACUCUGUUCGGACUACACCAAGGAAGCAUACUGCUGGUGUGCUGUUUUGUGUGGGUGGUCGAGGUGGAUCUGGUGACCCUUUUCGCAGUAUUGAAUGCUAUUCUAUCAACAAAAACAGUUGGUUCUUUGGACCAGAAAUGAAUAGUCGAAGGCGACACGUGGGUGUAAUCUCGGUGGAAGGUAAAGUGUAUGCUGUGGGUGGACAUGAUGGAAAUGAGCAUUUAGGUAGCAUGGAGAUGUUUGACCCUCUCAAUAAUAAAUGGAUGAUGAAGGCAUCAAUGAACACAAAGAGGCGAGGAAUUGCCUUAGCCUCCUUAGGAGGCCCAAUUUAUGCAAUUGGAGGGCUAGAUGACAACACUUGCUUCAACUACGUGGAGAGAUAUGACAUAGAAUGUGAUCAAUGGAGUACAGUGGCACCAAUGAUUACUCCCCGUGGAGGAGUUGGCUCUGUGGCUCUAGUAAACCAUGUUUAUGCAGUAGGUGGCAAUGACGGAGUAGCUUCUCUAUCUAGUGUGGAGAGGUAUGAUCCACAUCUGGAUAAGUGGAUAGAACUUAAAGAGAUGGGUCAACGAAGAGCAGGCAAUGGAGUCAGUGAUCUCCAUGGUUGUUUAUAUGUUGUUGGUGGUUUUGAUGAUAAUUCUCCUCUGAGUUCGGUUGAGCGGUAUGACCCUCGAAGCAACAAGUGGGAUUAUGUAGCAGCACUUACCACUCCCAGGGGUGGAGUGGGGAUCGCAACAGUGAUGGGCAAAAUCUUUGCAGUUGGUGGUCAUAAUGGCAAUGCAUACUUAAAUACAGUGGAAGCAUUUGAUCCAGUGCUGAAUAGGUGGGAGCUUGUUGGAUCUGUGUCUCAUUGCAGAGCUGGAGCAGGUGUAGCUGUGUGUGCUUGUUUAACUAGCCAAAUUCGAGAUGUAGGUCAUGGAUCCAAUAAUUCCAAUAAUGUGGUUGACUGCAUGUGAUUUGAGUUCCAGUCAUCAGCAAUUUCAUCAUAUCUGAUAGUCAGGAAAAAUGACCAGGAUUUUGUAUGACCCUCUUUGAAUAGUUUUAACUACUGCUAGAGUCUUAAUGAAAUGUAAACUGUUGUAUUGUGACGAAGUGCAACUUUUGGGAUAGUAGCUAAAGAAUUAUUAGUAAUAACGUUAAAUUUGAUACUUCCCACUCUAGCAAAUAAUUGAGCAGGGAAGAAAGACAUUCUAACCUGAAACCAUACCUUCCCUGAAAAAUGUUUAAAGUAGUGCCAAAUGUUGAAAUCCCUAUUUAAAAAAGUGUGGACAAAUCAAAAUGUAAGUCAUUUGCUGAGUUUUACUUUUUUUUUUUUUUUUUGGCCUAAAGGUAUUAACCUUAGGCAGUGGGCUUUUCCUAGAGGGGAGAUUAGACUCUGUUCAUCAACACCAGGACAUCAGGACACGGAAGAGACCUUUUUUUUUUUUAAUUCUUUAUUAGUUAAGAUAUUACAAAUGUGUCCUUAUCCCCCCAUUAACUCCCCCCCACACACACUCAUGUUCUCAUCCCCCUGUUGUCCAUGUCCCUUGGUUUGGCUUAUAUGCAUGCAUACAAGUCCUGGAAGAGACCUUUUGAAGAGCAGUUCUACUCGGUGCUGAUGAAUUUAUGCCUUGCUUUUUUCUGGGUGUUGAUUCCUCAAUUUUUUUGAAUAUUUACAGAAGUAGAAACAAAUGUUUGAUCUCUGCAUGCCACUUGGCUCAAAGCUUAUAGGAGUAUUGUAAGAUCUUAAUUUCAGUUUGAAUUGUUAGGACACCAAAGACCUAGUGAAUUGAUUCCAUCUGAAUGAAUGUAUACUUUUAUUUUUUCAUCUCAUACAAAAAAAGAAAUUUCUUCAUAAUAAGCAAAAAUUGAACCAGAGUAAAUACUAGAGGAAGGCUUUUGAGUUGAUGUUAUUCUAGUGCCCAGUCAAUAACCUUAAGAAAGAAUGGCACCGCUAUGUGACUCCCCAAUGAGGGAGCCUGAGAAUAUGUUCAACACUCUUUUUUGAUUUAAUCAUUUGAUUUUGAACUUUCUAUUUUGCUAUUUGCCACCAUCCUGGUGUUUGUAACUGUACAGAAUCUGGAUUAAUUUAUUAUCAGAAAAUGAAUGCAUUUUUAUAUAUAUCCUAUAUAGACAGUAGUUAACUGAUUAGUUCAAGUCCAUCAUUACCAAUAAAAGAUAUUGUUGGUUAAAAACAGAGAAAGAUUGAAACUACAUUUUUUUUCUGUUUUAUUUAAUCCCCUUCGGUAUAUUUAUUUAACUUUAAUUGGAAAUAUUUCUGUACAUUAAUUUGAGCCAGGAUAUUCUUACACCUACUAAUUUAACAGGUCUUCAUGGUUUAAACCAGAAUUGUAAAAUGGCCUAUUCAUUAUAUGUAUAUACUUUUAUAAAUAUAUAUGAGGAAUAUUUUUUAUUUGAA